AUCACAGGUGGGCAAGCAGGCAGCAAGCAGACAGGUCCACCAUCACAUAGGUAACAGGAGCCCACAAAUAGCCCGGGGUUGGAAUCGUCUCGUCCGCUUAAUAACUCAACGUGUUCUAUUUGUAAUCCCUUCAGGCUCACUCCCGUCCCGCGUCUGGCAACACCUGGGAGCAUUGAAGGAGCCGAGAGGGACGCCGGGUGGGAGAGAGACCGAAGACUGUGCCGAGGAGAGAGUCAUCAGUAGCUCUCACACCGUCGCAUGGAGAGGGUGUGUUGUGUCGCCUCCCGAAGCUCCCUCUCACGCCUCCUGGUUCCCCGAGUGUUGGCCGCCCGUCAGAAUGCGUGAGGGACACCAGGUCGGCCGUACCAUCCUGGGGGCGACUCAAGACCCCGAUGGCACACUGCACAGAUUAUCUGAGUGAAGAGGAAGAGGAGGAAGAAGAAGAAAAAGAAGAGGAAGAAGAAGAAGAAGAGGAAGACAUGUGACACUGAAGAAAAAACUUGCUAACUGUUUUCACGUCUACCUAAACAGGCCUACCAACAGCGAUGCGUACCUCGGCCAGGGCUCGCAUCAAGUGUCUGGUGGGGCUGGUGGUGGCGGUGGGGUUGGUAUCACUGCUCAGCCCACUCCCCUUCACGUCCUCAACCCCAAGACUAAUAGGACUCAACCCCACACGACCCCAGACGACCCUCAACCCCAUACAGAGAAGAGGAGAAGAGAAAAGAAGUGAAAUUAGUGAAAGAACAGGUGAACAUAGGCAAAGUAAAGUUGAAAAUCGUGAUAAUAGAGGAAAUACAGGUAAAUUCAAUGAAGAUACAGGUGUUUAUGAUAAGAAGCCAGGUGAAAACGAGGGAAAUUUUGGAAACACGGGUAAAUAUAAGGAAAACAAUGAAAACUUGAGUGGAAAACAUGAAAAUCUAAACGGCAAUGAUAAACUAGUCAAGUAUAAUGAAGAUGUGGACCAGAAAAGUGGAAAUACGGGUGGAAAGGAUGGAACUAUAGGUGAAGGAAGUGGAAGAUCGACUGGAAAACAGAACAAAGCAAACAGUAAAGGAAAAACAAGUGGAAAUAAACGUGAGAAUAAUGAAAAUCAGGAUAAAUCGAGUGUAGAAAAGGGAAGUAUUAAGUCUCGCGUGAAGAACGAGGAGGAGGAGGAGGAGGAGGAGGAGGGGAAGGGGGAGGUAGAUCUCUCGCGUGAACCUUAUAUAGAGAACAUACCUCCUGCAGAAUGGGUGGAGGUGAAGAAGACUAACCCGAAGGAGAGAGGAGGAGGAGGAGGAGGAGGAGGAUUGAAAGGAGAAACGGAAAAGGGGAAGAAUGGAGAAGGUGGAAAAAAACUUAAUGUAGGUGAGAAUGGGGGAAGUAAAGAAGGGAAAGGAGGAGGAAAAGGAGGGAAGAGGAGAUGGUUGAAAGGGACUUGGAAGGCUGGCCAAGGAGACAUGAAGCCUACGGGACUCUCGCACACGGAGCUGCAGAAGAGAGCGGAGUCCUUGCCUGAGUCAUCGCCCGUCCGCGCCUUUCUCGCCGAGCAGCGUCGUCGGGUGUCCCACGUCGCUGAGUCCUGCCGCUCCUUCCAGACCUCCCUUGCCGAGGUGGUAGCCGGCAGCCGCGGACCGCCAGUGGGGCUGCUGGCGGUGAGGGACAUUAUAUACGACAGGAUGAACCAGCUCACCUUUUGCCCCGUGUACAAGGCGGCCAGCACCUCCCUUACCAUCACGUUGCUACAGCUGGCGGGGCACUGGACGCCGCGCACCCAGACCCAGCCCGUGCAGAAGCUGGUCAAGAUGUUCUACCCUAAGCUAUCCGGACUGGCGGCGCCCUCGAUCACCGCCAACACCACCCACUUCAUGGUCGUCCGUCACCCCCUGGAACGACUUCUCUCCUGCUACCGCGACAAGUUCCAGCUAGCGUCCAAAGACUACUACUACCACAUCAUUGGCGAGAAGGUGGUGCGGCGGUACAGGCAGGCGCUUCAGCACAUGCCCAAGGACGAGGUGAUGGAACUGCAGCAGGAGGUCAUAUAUAUGUCACAGUAUUUGGUGAUGGAACUGCAGCAGGAGGUCCGCCAGGCACUCAGGAAACACAGGAACCAGUACGGGGAGGAUGCCGGCGCUGGGGACUUCCUCAAGCUGCCCCACAACCCCUUCGCCAACCCCGUGGGGCCGACCUUCCCGGAGUUUGCCCAGCACGUGGCGGACACCAAGCACGACGAUGAGCACUGGCGCAGCUACACGGCACACUGCGCGCCCUGCACCCUCACCUACGACAUCGUGCUCAGGUUCGAGUCGCUAAAGAAGGAGACGGAGCUGUUUUUGGAGUAUCUGGACCGGCGCGGCGAGGUCAUUCCGCGCUGGGACAACCCUAACAAGAAGGCCGAGACUGGCGCCGUGUUCUGCCAAUACUACUCCCAGCUGCCCCUCGCGCUCAUAGACAGACUGGUGGACAAAUACCGACGCGAUCUCAUCAUGUUUGAGUACGAUGUCGAGGACUACAGGAAGUGUGCCAAGGAGUAUCAGAGGAAGGAGAGGCAGGGAUGA